AUGUUUACUAGUAGUUUAACAUUAUUCGGUUACUCAUCGUAUAAUUAUAUUUAUUCAUUACCUGAUUUAAUGCUUGAUCGAUUUUGUUUACAAAUCUUACCUGAAAUUCAUUAUAACAUCAAAUGGCUUGAACUUAAAUCCUCGUCUAUGAAACGUAGUCUUCUUUCCGCAAAUGAUCCGAAUUUAUUUGAACUUGGUAUAUAUAACAUUGAAAAAACAGAAUGCUUUAAAUCUAUUUACUGAGUUGGUGCUAUGACUCUAAGUGAUAGUUUACCUAUUAACAAAACUUUAGCUAAUUCUGAUAUAUCGUCAAAUUCUGGAUUUCCAUCGUCUCCUGGCCUAGCUUUUACCAAUGCAGUUCAUAUGACCAUGUUAAAUUUAAGUAGCAGUGCUCAAUAA